UUACUGUGCAAAGUUUACUAGAAAGAGGCCCAGCGCCUUUUGUGCUGGUGCUGCUUCUGGUGCUGAAUCUGUUGCGUAUUUUGUUUGGCGCUCCUGGUGUGGGACCGUGGCCUGUCACACUCCUGCAGCUACCUGUGAAUGGUGUUUUGCCUUUGUUGCCCCUGACUUUCCCCCUGCUUUGGGUUCUUGUGUGCAUGUACGGAGAGGCCCGUGUUCUUUUACAGAUGGGCUCACAGCCAGCGGACUGGAAAUGUGGAAGUUGGCCUGUAAGAAAUGUUACUCAGUGUUCUGGGGUCAAACAGCGGCACUCUGCCACACUGCUAGUUUGCUACACAGUCUGGGAUCUGUAACUGUCCUGUGUUGUGUUGAUAAGCAGGGCAUUCUCUCAUGGCCCAGUCCAAACCCUGAGAAGAUUCUGUUCUUUAGCAGGUCCAUCUCAUCACAAGAGACAGAAAGACAGAGGCAAAAAGAGGCAAAGAGAGAAAGAGACAAAGAAACGGAAGAGGUCGGCCUGAAGGAUGCCAUUCAGAUCCGCUCACUCUGCAGUCUGCAGAUGUUAAGUUUGUCGGUGGGUCAGGCUCAGUGUGAUGACACACGGGUGCAGUUUGAUGACACAUGCUGGCAGCGUCACGCCCCCUCUCUUCGGCCUCUGGGAUUGGCUGCGCAGUUGGUCCUCUGUGACCCUGGAGUCACCACCCGCAUACUCCGCCUCUCCGACCACCUGACCCAUGCCGCGCUAGUGCGCACUCGACCCCCAUGUCAGCCGGUCCACCCACCCUGGGGCCUCUGCCAUCUACCGAGGAUUCUGGGCUUCUCCACCUCCGCGAAGGAGCCUUUCGAGCAGAGAAUGAGUGUGGCAGCCUACACCCUGCCCUCCAUCUCCUGCCCUGGAGACCCGGGGAUCAUUGCUCCACCUUCUGUGUCAAUGAGACGGCUUCCUUUCUCACAUCUCAUAGCGCUGCUGGUGCACCACACUUACACCGGUGAUCUUCAGUUGUUCUCAUAUGGCUCAGCUGACGCAAUUUUGGGUGCAUGCACUGAAUUCUGGGAUGGAGAGGAUAUCCAACCCCUCACAGACUCCGACAGGAAGAAAGUUGUGGAUUUUUAUCAGCGUUCCUGUAUGGCUGGUCAGUGUGUUGCUGUUUCCUUUAAGCCGCUGUUACAACCACAUGACCCACAAAUAGAUGACACCUGUGUGGAACUGCCUUUGAACCACAGUACUGACACUACAGAUGACAUCUCUAUCACACCCCUCAGGCAGCAGAUCUUUCUGGGUCUGGUGUCCUCACAGUACCAAGCCCAUCCUGAUGUGGUCAGACUUAUCUCAGGGCUGGACAGUGCUUGCAUUCGUUUUGUCUAUUUUUCCAGUGAAGAGGAAGUUCGGAGUAAGGUGUUUGCUGAGAAAAUGGGACUGGAGACGGGAUGGAACUGUCACAUCUCCCUCCAAUCAGAGAGCUUCCCUCUCGACCCAGAUAACGUGGAGGAGCCGGUGACCGAGGAAGAGGAGGAAAUUCUGCUGAGAGACAGUGUCAGAGAGAGGGCAGAGUCAAGAGCAAUGGAGCAUGAUGGAGCAUGUCUCAUCGAGGACCUAAACAGGGCCAAACUUCCAAAAGGAAUAGAGAAUGUGAGGCCACAUCUGGAGGACAAUGAUAAUGUUCCGUUGCUGGUCCCUUUAUUUACAGACUGCACAUCACAGACUGAAUGUGAGAUGGUGUGUAUCAUGCAGGAGUAUGGAGAGGUCGUGUGCUGCCUCGGGAGCAGUCAAAACAUCGACAACAAUGAAAUUUUCUUACAAAGUGAUAUCAGCAUUGCUUUAGAUCCUCUGGUUCCCACAUGUUGUUGGUCCAAUUCUGAUGCAGCUUUGAACACAUCAGACUCUUUAAGUGUAAUUCAGCUCUCUAGCGCCAUCUGUGGGUUGGCUUGCACAGUACAGUUUAACCAACAAGACAACAACACCGUCAUCAGGCUCAUCAAACAGGCACGUCACACCACGGCAGGCAUCAGAAAGUGUUUUCUGUUUUUGCUCCAGUGUCAGCUGUCCCUUGUCCUCAUUCAGAUUCUGGCAUGUGUGUGUCAACUUCCUCCUCCUCUGGGCACAAGUGAUGUCCUCUUUCUGUCCUGUUUCUAUUUUCCCUUACUGAGUGUGUCCCUUCUGGGAAAGCCAUCUGACAAUUCCAUCAUGAAAGUUCCUACUGGGAAAAAUCUCAGAUUCAUGCCAAAAAAGACAUUGCGGCUGUUUGUGCUGUGUUUCCUGGUGAAGUUUGGUCUCACGGUGUGUACCUUUCUCACAUGCUUUGGCCUCAUGCUGCACAGCUUCUGUCUUGAUAUUAACCAUCAAGAUGAAGAUCUGUGUCACCCAACAUCACUGCUCAUGAAUUCAACAGUGUGGUCUCCCGACUGGUACGGCAGGCACUCAGAUGGUCUAAGUCUGGCGCAGAAAGUCAUCGCCUUUCUUGUGCUGCUCAAUGCCAUGUGUACAUCUAUCAGUCAUGUCCAUCGCUCAGCUCCCAUGUGGAAACAGAGCCCGCUGAGCAACCAUUGCUGGUGUGCUGUCAUCUGCAUUGUGCCAGUUCUUAAUGCUUCUUUGGCAAUGGUUUCCCGCUUCUUGUGGCAUGACCCUGACCACAUGUUCUGUAUCUCGGAUAUUCCCAUGGCAUCCUGGGUGUUAGGAAUCCUCUGGCUGAUCCCGCUGGUCUUUAUCAACGAGGGCAUCAAACUGCAUGAGAUCAGGAUGAGGGUGAGAUACCAGAAACGACAGAAGCUUCAAUUUGACACCAAACUCGGCAUGAACUCCCCUUUUUAAUACGUCUGUCAAAAACAAGUCACAAAAAUACAUAUGCACCCUUUCAUAUUGACACCACACAUAAGAAUUAAAUAAAAUACAGAUUCAGUAUUAACAGUGUUGACCUUUAGGUGGCAGUACUGCAAUGAGAACAACAUUAGCAUCCUCUAAAA